AUGGUUAAGAGCUAUGAGAACUAUGAAUUUGGUUUUUCCUGGGGUAUUAUUGCGUCAUAUUUGUCUAACAGUGUACUCGUUGAUGAUAAGGAAAUAAGUGAAAAAUUUAAGGCAAAAAAUGGGCUAGCAAUAGUUCCAGCACUUGAGGAUGUUAUUAUUUGGGACAUUAAGAAGGGGGAGGAGGUGUUACGUUGGAGCGAUUUUGAUUGCAAGGUAGAAACGACGUCAAUCAAGAGAAAUAUGGCAGAUAAAUACAUGUUCGCAGUAGGAUAUGAGGAUGGAUCAAUUCGUCUUUGGUCUCUUGAAAAAAAGCAAGUUUUGAUGAAAUUGAAUGGACAUCGAUCAAGUGUCACUGUACUUACAUUUGAUAUUACUGGAACAAGACUUGUUAGUGGGUCUAAAGAUACAGAUAUCAUUGUAUGGGAUGUUGUUUCGGAAACAGGGAUGUAUCGUUUACGUGGUCAUAAAGAUCAAGUUACAGAAUGUGUAUUUCUUCGUACACCUCUUAAUGAAAUAGGAUUUGUUGAUCCUAUUAAAGAUCAUGGUUGGAUUGUUAGUGUAUCUAAGGAUUCUUUUAUUAAAAUAUGGGAUUUGAGUACUCAGCAUUGUGUAGAAACACACAUUGCACAUCAAGGUGAAUGUUGGGCGUUGGGAGUUAGUCCAGAUCAAAAAAUAUGCGUUACAGCAGGAUUGGAUGGUGAAUUGAAAAUAUGGGAUAUUCAAUCAGAUGUUCUUGCUAUUAGAUCUGAAUCGGUUCCAGAAACAAACUAUCGAUUAACUCUUAAAUGUACUUUAACAAGACAAAGUAAAGAACGCCCAAUAACAAUUGCAUUUCAUCCCAUAUUUGAUAUGUUUGCAUGUCAUGGUUCAGACAAAAUAAUUGAAAUAUACAAAAAAAGAGACGAAAAAGAGCUUAAAAAAGUAUUAAGUCGAAGAAAAAAGAGAAAUAGAGAGAAACAUAAUGAUAGUAAUAAAGAUAUUUCAUUGCUUCCAGAGGACGAAAUCGUUUUAUAUACGACUAUUAGGACUUCUUCCAAAAUUAGAUCUAUUGAUUGGGGAACUUUAGGACAAAAUCCUUUUAAAAAGAAAAUUUUACAGUUACUUGUUUCGUUUUCAAAUAAUGUUAUAAGAAUAUAUGAUAUUCCUAUUGUAGCUAAAAUCGAUUAUUCUGAGCCACCAGAGUAUUUACAAACGUUUUCUAUCGAAAUGCAGGGCCAUCGUUCUGAUAUCCGUUCAUUGUCAAUAGAUUCAAAUGAUGAAAUGUUAGCAUCUGUUUCUAAUAGAACUUUGAAAAUUUGGAACAUAAAAACAGGAAGGUGUAUAAGAAAUCUAGAUUGUGGAUAUGCAUUAUGUUGCAGUUUUUGUUUAGAAAAUAAAUAUGUAAUUGUUGGAACAAAAGAAGGUUAUUUAGAAAUAUUUGAUAUUCCUUCUAGCACUAUGGUUGAACGCAUUUUGGCGCAUAAAAGAUCUAUAUGGUCUCUUAAAAUUCACCCUAAUGGUCAAGGAUUUGUUACCGGAAGCUCGGAUAAAAGUGUGAAAUUUUGGGAUUUAAAAAUUAUAAAAGAUCUUUCAGAUAAGGAAAUAAUGAAACUUCAUAUAAAAGAAAUGCGUAUUUUAAAUCUUACAGAUGAUGUUUUAUCUGUUUGUUUUUCUCCUGAUGGUCGUUUAAUUGCUAUAUCACUUUUAGAUACUACGGUUAAAGUAUUUUAUACUGAUACUUUAAAAUUUUUUUUAUCAUUAUAUGGACAUAAACUUCCUGUUCUAUCCAUGGAUAUAUCUUCAGAUAAUAAGCUUUUAGUUACGUCUUCUGCAGAUAAAAAUAUAAAGCUAUGGGGCUUAGAUUUUGGUGAUUGUCAUAAAACGUUAUGCAGGUUGCAUUUGAAAAAAAAAGGACACAAUUUUUUUUCUACAGGAAAAGAUAAAUUAAUUAAAUAUUGGGAUGGUGAUAAAUUCGAAAAUAUUCUUAAAUUAGAAGGGCAUCAUAGUGAAAUAUGGGCUUUGGCAGUUAGUAAUGAUAACAAAUUUAUAAUUACAGGUAGUCAUGAUCGUAGCAUAAGAAUAUGGAAUCAAACAGAUGAGCCAAUUUUUUUACAAGAACAAAAGGAGAAAGAAUUAGAAAAAUUUUAUGAAAAAGAUUUGGUUGAAAAAAUGGAUAAAUAUGAAAUGAAUGAAAAUAAAAAAAUAGACGAACUUGCAUCUGCGGGAAAACAAACUUUAGAAUCUGUAAUGGCAGGAGAAAAAAUUAUUGAUGCUCUUGAUAUUGGAAUAAAAGAUAUAGAAUUAAUAAAGGAACAUGAAGAGGCAAGAAAAAAUAAUGAUAAAUUGAAAAAUCCAACAAGAAAUCCUAUAUUUGUUGCUAAUGAAAACAUUUCUGCAGAAGAUUACGUUUUAAAUAUACUUGAAAAAAUUGAUUCUAGUCAUUUAGAAGAUGCAUUACUUGUACUUCCAUUUAAAAGCGUAACAUAUAUGUUAACAUUUAUUAAUCUUUGGGCAGAAAAGGGGUCGAAUAUUCAAUUAAUAUGUAGAAUUUUAUUCAUUCUUUUAAGAGUACAUCAUCAACAAAUUGUUGCAAAUAAAACUAUACGGUAUAUGUUAGAUUCUAUUAGAAUUAAAUUACGUGAAGAACUACAAGUUCAAAAAGAUAUGAUAGGUUAUAAUUUAGCGGCUUUAAAAUAUAUUCGUCAAAGUUGGGAAAUUCAUCAUACAAAAGAGUUCUAUAAUGAAGAAGAAUAUAGGAAACAACUAGAAAGUGGCAAAAAAAGAGUAUUUUCAGCAUUAGAACUAUAA